AUGAGUGUGGUAUCACUGCAAUUUUCAUAUACUUCAUCUUAAAUUGAAUUUAAUACUUAACUUUAAGAAUUUCUUAAUUAUAUUUUAUUAAUUAAUUAAAGAUUUAAAAUAAUUAAUAGAAAAAGAAAAAGAGAAAGUAUCAUUUAAUUAAACUAUAAUUAAUGAAAAAAAUAAAGAUUCAAUCUUCUAUAAAGAGAUUUAAGUUCAUUUAGAAUCUUUAAAAUAAUAUGAUUAAUAAGACAUUUCAUAAUCAUUAGACAUUCUCAAAGGUAUCUCAGGUAUUAAUUUGAUUUAAUUUUUAUAGUUGAAAGAAAAUCAAUUCUUUAGUUAACUGAAACAAUUUAAUAAAUUUAAAAAAGUGGAUAAAAUGAAGAAAAUCAGAAAAAUUAAGUUAAUUUUAUAAAGGAGAUUCAAGAAUUUAUUCAUUAAGCAACGAAUUAUCAAUUACUUUCAAAUGUAUUCGAUUAGACUAUUUCAAAUUAUUAAUAAAAUGUUCAAAAAUUAUAAUAGAUUUCAUAACAUAUUGAAUUAAUAUCAAAAGAUACUAAUAAAUCAAAUUUAUCAGAAUAGAUUAAGGCUUAAUAUUUAAAUUUAAGUAAUAUUUUGAAUGAAUACUCAAAUAUAUUUGAAAAUAAUAAUUCACAAUUGAAAAAGUAUUGCAAUAUUCAAUUAAUGGAAUAAGAAUUAAUCAAAUUAACAGAAACCAAUAAAUAAAUACAAAUUGAAAGUAAUUUUAUUAUUAUGAUAAAUAGAAAACAAUCAAAUCGAUUCAUUGUAAUAGUCAUAUGAAUAGAAAAUCAUUCAAAUAAAUGAAACAUUAGAAUCAAAGGUGAAAGAAUAUUAAACUAUUAAACAAUAAUUUGAUCUAGUUAAUUCAGAAAAUAUCAAUUUGAAAUAAUAAUAUGAAUAAGAUAAGAAGCAAAUGAUUAAACAAUCAGAAGAUGAAUGUAUUAAAUUCUAAUAUUAUCUAUAGAAAAUAAGAUCAAAUCAGAUUAUAAUAAAAGAAUCAAUUAAAAGGAUUCAGAACUAAAAGAUGCAUUAUAGAAACUUGAUUAAAUUCAUAAAGAUAAGUUAGAAUAACAGAAAAUUAACAAAAUGAAAUUAGAUAAAGUAAAUUUCCUUUCAUUCUAUUCUUUUUAGAUUCAACAGUAUAAUAAAACAUUAACAUUUUCAAAUACUUAUAAACAUAGUGAAUGUUAAGUAAGUGAAGCAGCCAAACU